GGGACGCACCGUGAAGGGGGCCGUCCCUGUUGGAGGAGCUCAUCCCGAGGAAGGCCCAGCGAGUCAUCAUUUGACGAGCGGAGUGCGAGUCGAACCUGCGACCGAACCACGACGAAGGGACCAGAGGAGGACCGUCUGUAAAUAGCAGCCAAGAUGGACGUGUUUAUGAAGGGUUUGUCUAAAGCUAAAGAAGGGAUGGCCGUGGCUGCAGAGAAGACCAAGGAAGGGGUUGCAGUGGCCGCUGAGAAGACCAAGGAAGGGGUGAUGUUUGUAGGUAACAAGGCCAAAGACAGUGUGGGCACAGUGGCGGAGAAGACCACCGGAGCCAUGGGAAACAUUGUAGCAGCGACUGGUCUGGUGAAGAAGGACGAGUUCCCCUCUGACAUGAACCCUGAGGAGUACGGGCAGGAGGCCAUGGAGGGCCAGGGCGAGGGGAUGCUGGAGCCAGAAGGGGAGACAUAUGACGACUCCCAGCAGGAGAGCCAAGACUACGAGCCCGAGGCGUAAACUCAUCAUUCCAGACCACCGUCGAACCAGCAGCACAAUAAUAUUUCUAAUAAUUACAAGGACAUGCUGAUACCACUGCAAUUAUCCCCCUGUUGCAAAAAAAAACAAAAGCAGAAAAAGACGAGCAUUCCCACAGAAAUUGUUCUUCCUUCGAGACAAAUCUUUUAUGACUCUAUAUUGUAAAUGUUGUUCUUACUGUAACGUGUUGGAUGUAGGUAUUUAUUGACAAUGUAGGUUCGUCCUCGCUGUCUCAUUUCCUUGACUCCCUCCCAAUGAAAUGAGACCGGAGCCAGGGCUUGUGACGUCGUGUGUAUCUGUAUUUAGAGAUGUGCAAUAGAUGUUCAUCAUCUUCCAAUGGGACGUUGGGAGAGGAAAAAAUAAAUAUGUCCGGUUGCAAGCAGAUAUUAAUACAAUAAUAUCCUCCUAAGUGUCGACAAUGCCUGUUUGUGGGUUCGUUUGUUACUUUUAUUUUUGCAUUUCUUUGGGAAUUCAUUUGGACGUUUUAUGAGGUUUUUUACAUUGUAUCUUUAUAGUUGCUUGUGAAAUCAUUCCAGUAAACUAUCUGUUAGAAAUGGACAGAGUAAA